UCGGAAUUUUGGCAGCUGGAUUAUUUUUCACUACAAAUGAUUCCUUUGUAUCCUUCCGACUUAUCACUCGUACCUCCAUUUACGCUUAAUCCGUAAUCGACCAACCGACGACAUAGCGAGACAUAACCACGGUGUUAAACUAGCCAAACUUUAUUGACCCUCCACCAUUUCACGUACAAAGCAGCUCUAGGGCGCCAUUCCAAAACCAAAGUAGGCGCCACGGAAAAUUGGACGAGCAGAAACAUCGCCCCUCCCGGAAGUAGACGUUCUUUACUCCCACCGUCGCUGCUUUGUUAAAUGCUGCAACAUUUUCAUUUUCUUACGACUAUUCACGUAUUACUCAUUUGAGAUUUUUUACCUCUACCCUUCACCUUUUAGGAACCGUUUGAUCCCUAUCAGGUCCUUUAUCUGGUUUACCAACCUAACCCCUCCAAGGAUCAUACCAUCAGUUGGUGCAUAUAUCCUGAUCAUAAUCCUACAUUCCUUCCUAGCCAGUUUCGCCAAUACAGGCGAUCCUCUACAAUGCCGGGAGAGGAGAUGGAGAUUACGACCGAUUUCGGUCAUGCCGGGUUCGGAGAAGAUAUUGACAUAGACAUCGAUUUCGCGGUCGGGCAGCCUGACGAAGAUCUAGAACUUGCAGAUUUUGAUCAAGCCCAAGAGAUGCAGAAUUUUAACACUGAUACGAGAGAUGAGUUGAUGGCAGAAGGAGAUGAUGCAUCGUAUGGCAUGAUUGAUGCCGAUGAUAUCGAGCACAACGAGGGAACUACGACGGUUAACGACAUCGAGAUCGACCUCGCCGAUCCUGAUGAGAAUCUAUGGAAUCACAACGCUUCCAAUGGGGAGACCCUCCAAACUCUUACAGAAAUCGACUAUGUCGAGGAUGCCGAUGUAGACAACUCUACUGCAGUGAACGUCGGUGAAGCCAGCUGGCUAGAGACAGCUGCUUAUCCUGUUAACACCAACGAAGUGGAAUUGGCGCAAUCUGAUGUGGCCGCCCUUGAUGCAGCAAGUAGCCAUCUGCCUCAGGAUAAUACGAUUCCUACAGAGGGCGUAGAUACCCAAGACUUUGGAUUAUCCGAGACUAGAGAUGAUACGAAAGCUCCUGGCAAUGAUGGUAGCGUCGAUGAUAAGCCAGAAGGUGUAGUCGAAGGUGCGACUAAUGAACAGCAAAAUGCUGCCUUUGAUGCCGAACCCCAACAGUCUGCGGAAGGAUCUGUUCUCAGUAAAAACGUCUCAGAGGAUAGCCAUGAUGACAUCCAAUUAAAUGGCGAUGUUAGUGAAGGUAAUGCUGUUCACGAAGCUCAAGGACAUGAGCAAUAUCAAGCCCACUCCAAUGAAGUAUCUGAGGCUGGACACAUCCAGGCUGAUGGCUCCGAGCAUGAAGAGAAACCUUCCACACCCGUGGCUUCGGCUCACGGAUCAGUGAGUGAGCACUUGGACCAACAAGAAGACCAGACUGGUCAGCAUAGCCCUCAUUCGGAGGCUUCUGAACGACAGCUAGGUGGCGACUCGUAUGCCGAGUCCACCAAUGACCCGGAAUCUGUUCGAUCCCCUGACCAGGAGAAUAAGGCCCAUAAUGUUGACGAGACACAUAGUCAGUCUGAUUAUUAUGAUCCUGGAAAUGAGGAUCAAGAAGCAGCGGAUGCUAAUCAGAAUGACCAAACUUCCCCUGCUGGCAAGGCCUAUGUAGAGCAUCCGCUUUCCAUUGCUACACGCCAUGAGAUGUACAUCUCAUAUGGCCAGACGGAUUAUAGACUCUUCGCUAAGUCCGAAGACGAUGAUCCCAACCAGUACUUUUUGCGUGAUAUGUCAACUAUGGAACUUCCCCUGGGCCAAUUCUUGUCAAACUUGAGAGAAGUCAUUGCAGACGAAGUAUCUGUCCUUGACGAGUUAGUGAUGCAUGUCGAUGGACUAGGGCUUGAAUUUUCUGAGUCUUCUACGAAUGAUAUGCUUGAAGAAUUCACAUUUGGUGAUAUUCUUAGUCUCUAUGACAAACUUGUUAAAAACGAUGGAGCGGAGUCAGCACCGUGUCUUUACAUGUAUCUUAUGGUAAGACCUAACUGUCGCCAACGUCUUGUGGCCCUUCUAGAUAGCGCGAGCGCGGGUCGCGGACUCUCCGAAAUUGCCGUCUAUCGAGAAAUGACGCCUGUUCCCGAUGAGCAAGCCGACAACCCCGGGCAUCAUAGCCCAUAUGCCUCGUUUGAUGGCGAGGAAGACGAUGAGACCAGACGUGGUUCCAACUCACCGGCCCAAGAUGAGGAAGGCGAGGAUUCCUACGAAUACGGAGUAAACGGUCCGGCGGAAGAUGAAGAUGAGGGGCACGAUGAGUAUGAGGCCGAAGAAUAUCCAGGCUCCAAAUCAUCUGCAGUUCAUACCCCAGCUGCAGAAGCGAACGCAGAGCUGGAAGCACCGGAAGGCCAGGCUGAGGAAUCCGAAGAAAAUACCAAACAGAACAACGAAGAGGACACCGGUGCAGACGUUGAUGGCGAAGUGAUUGACUUCUCUGAUGACGAACUAGAUCUCUCUUCAUCGAAGCAGGGUAAAUCAUAUCCUUCUUUUAGCCCUUUGCAUUUCUCUACUUUUUUCAACCAUACUGGACUGGCUGGCUGUCAGUGUCAGGAUUGUUUCGAGCUUUCUCUUGAUCAGCUCGAUAUCUCUAUGCCGGACGCACCAACCUUGCUAAGUCCUACCGUGACGGCUCCGAAUCCCGAGCCGCGAUAUCAAAGCAGAUCUUCCUCCCAGUGGUCGAUAGUUUCGCCCGCUCAACAUUCCACCUUCCUAGACCGAACAAAAACAUUUGGCAUCAUUACUAACCCGUAUUUCCCUGAAGAUCAACAAGCAGAUGCGCCUCCGCCAGAUCAUGAGCACGUGAAUCGAGAUGAGUCUAACGGUGUGACCACUGCCGAAGACGGCGUUCCGAACCAGCAUACGCCACCAGCGAACGACUCGGCCGAUGUUGCCCAUUCCGAGGUUACCAGCGCGACCGCUACGCUCAAUGGCGAUGACAAUGACGAGAUCGAUUACUCGGACAACGACGGAGAGGAGAUUGAGGGAGGCCAAGAUGACCCUCCCAACGCCUCUGACGCAGCAUCGACGAACCUCAAAACGCCAAUCGAUGAUGAGAUCACGUGGGAGUCAGAUGAUGAAGACGUCAAGAAUGAAACCACAACAGUUCCUAAAACAACGGUACAAGUGUCACCGUCAUCUGGAAAACGCCGCAGAUCAAACUCGGACCUACUAGAUGACUCCACUAGGCAGAACGAUGUCAAGCGUCGUCGUCCGUCUUAA